GGGAAAUGUGGUUUUCCCCCCGCCACUUCCUUGCUUGGUCUCUCUGCAGUUUCCUUCUUCUAGCUUAGCCGGCAUUGGCUCCCGUUGAAUGUCUGCUUUCUUUCAAGAAGGUUCCACCCGGGAUGAAACCCCAACCAGCAAGCCCCGUUUUUAGAUUCCUCUUUCACAAAUGCUUCAAGUAUCACCGGAGUUGCCCUCUCCCAUCCCUUGCUAAAAAAAGCCCUCUCUGGACGGAGCUGAAGACUCUUCCACAAAGCUGUACGUGCAGGACCGUCACAUCUGCGAGGACCUUCCAUACCAGCCCACGUACUUUGGGACCGCUUUGGGACAGCGGCCCCUUGCAGGCGUACUUACAGACUUUGAAGCAAGAAUACGAAAGGAUCGAUUCGUUGCUAAGCACCUGCUCCGUGAACGAAUUUAAGGAGAAGGACCUCAGGCUACGACUGGCUGAAUUAUCCCCCUUUGUGGAGACAUUUCAACAAAUACAAGAGGCUGAGAAACAAAUUCGGGAACUGGAGAAAAUGUGUACGGAGCUAACUCAGUCAGAAGAGGAACCUCUAUUAGAACUUGCUACAGAGGAGAAGGAAAGCAUGAGCCAGGUGAUUAGAGCACUCUAUCUAGAGCUUUGUGGGAAGAUAACGCCAAGGGACAAAUAUGACGAAAACAGCGUCCUUUUAGAAGUCACAUCUGGUAGGACGACAGGAGGCGAUAUUUGCCAGCAAUUCACGAAAGAAGUCUUUGACAUGUACCAGAAUUACGCAGACUACAAAGGCUGGACUUUUGAAAUCACCAAGUACUGCCGAGCUGAGAUGGGGGGGCUCCACCAUGCGGCGGCCCGAGUCUUGGGAAGCCACGUCUACAAACGCUUGAAGUUUGAAGGAGGCACCCACCGGGUGCAACGGAUCCCUCAGACGGGGUUGUCUUCACGAAUGCAGCGGAUUCACACUGGCACCAUGACGGUCAUCGUCCUCCCUCUGUCAGAGGAGGUACAGAUAAAAAUCAACCCCAGCGAUUUGCGGAUCGAUACAUUUCGAGCCAAAGGCGCCGGAGGGCAGCACGUUAACAAAACAGACAGCGCUGUUAGAGUUGUACAUCUCCCUACAGGGAUCGUUGUGGAAUGCCAGCAGGACCGAUCUCAGCUAACGAAUAAGGAAACGGCGUUGCAGACAUUGAGAGAGAAGCUCUACCUGCAGACUGUCAUGAAAGACAUAAACGAACAGCAGAGUACGAGAAAGCUGCAGUUAGGGUCAAGAUCCCAGUCGGAGAGAAUUCGCACGUACAACUUCAACCAAGACCGGGUGACUGACCAUAGGAUUUCCUAUGAAGUCCGCGAUAUCAAGGGAUUUUUAAACGGUAAGGAACAUCUGGAUAAUCUCAUUAGCAGCCUGUUGGAAACCUCACAGAUGAAACUUCUGGCUGAGCAGUUGGAAAACAAUUUGAAAUCUCUAUCGGCAGGCUCCUGAACUGAUGAACAAACUUUUCUUUUUAUUAUGUUGGUAAAAAAUUAAAGAGAACUAUUGAAGAAACACUAGUCCCGUUGUUUAAUUUCAUAUUUGGUUAACACG